AGAGAAUUACUCCAAGUUCAUCAUGAUCGAAGACAAUAAGGAGAACAAAGACCAUUCCCUAGAAAGGGGAAGAGCAACUCUCAUUUUUUCCUUAAAGAAUGAAGUUGGAGGACUUAUAAAAGCACUGAAAAUUUUCCAGGAGAAGCAUGUGAACCUGUUACAUAUUGAGUCCCGAAAAUCAAAGAGAAGAAACUCAGAAUUUGAGAUUUUUAUUGACUGUGACACCAACAGAGAACAAUUGAAUGAUAUUUUUCAUUUGUUGAAGUCUCAUACUAAUGUUCUCUCUGUGAAUCCACCAGAUAAUUUUACUGUGAAGGAAGAUGGUAUGGAAACUGUUCCUUGGUUCCCAAAGAAGAUUUCUGACUUGGAUCAUUGUGCCAACAGAGUUCUGAUGUAUGGAUCUGAACUAGAUGCAGACCAUCCUGGUUUCAAGGACAAUGUCUACCGUAAAAGACGAAAGUAUUUUGCAGACUUGGCUAUGAACUAUAAACAUGGAGACCCCAUUCCUAAGGUGGAAUUCACUGAAGAGGAGAUUAAGACCUGGGGAACUGUGUUCCGAGAGCUCAACAAACUCUACCCAACCCAUGCUUGCAGAGAGUAUCUCAAAAACUUACCUUUGCUUUCCAAAUAUUGUGGAUAUCGGGAAGAUAAUAUUCCACAACUGGAAGAUGUCUCAAACUUUUUAAGAGAGCGUACAGGUUUUUCCAUCCGUCCUGUGGCUGGUUACUUAUCACCAAGAGAUUUUUUAUCAGGUUUAGCCUUUCGAGUCUUUCACUGCACUCAAUAUGUGAGACACAGUUCAGAUCCCCUCUAUACCCCAGAGCCAGAUACCUGCCAUGAACUCUUAGGUCACGUCCCUCUUUUUGCUGAACCUAGUUUUGCCCAAUUCUCCCAAGAAAUUGGCCUGGCUUCCCUUGGAGCUUCAGAGGAGGCUGUUCAAAAACUGGCAACGUGCUACUUUUUCACUGUGGAGUUUGGGCUAUGUAAACAAGACGGGCAGCUAAGAGUCUUUGGCGCUGGCUUACUUUCUUCUAUCAGUGAACUCAAACAUGCACUUUCUGGACAUGCCAAAGUAAAGCCCUUUGAUCCCAAGAUUACCUGCAAACAGGAAUGUCUCAUCACAACUUUUCAGGAUGUCUACUUUGUAUCAGAAAGUUUUGAAGAUGCAAAGGAAAAAAUGAGAGAAUUUACCAAAACAAUUAAGCGUCCAUUUGGAGUGAAGUAUAAUCCAUAUACACGGAGUAUUCAGAUCCUGAAAGACACCAAGAGCAUAACCAGUGCCAUGGACGAGUUGCGGCAUGAUCUCGAUGUCAUCAGUGACGCCCUUGCUAAGGUCAGCAGGCAGCCGAGUGUCUGACAGUCGCCAGUGCUAACCCAGAACGCAUUUGAGCAUCAAUUUAGGGGCCCCUGGGCCAACUGUUGCUUUUCUUGAAAACCUGAUUGUGGAGAGACAGCAGCUUCUGUACAAACAAUAUACUAUAAUCCACUCUUUAAUGAAUCACUCGUCUUUGAAAAUUUGUAUGUGGAUAUUCUACCCACCACCCAUUUUUUUGUUUUAUUUUCUUUAGUUUUUUUUGGUAACAGCUUGAGUGAAAUUAUUUACAUACAAUUUACUUACCACCUAUUUUUAAUACAGAAGUUGUUUGACUCAAUGCAUAGAUCUAGUCUCAGCCUAACUGUAUUUUUUCCCCAUUCCUUCUUGAGUAAAAUGACCUUUAUGAUCACUCAGAACACCUUGAUGAGUAUUAUGGAGCUGACCCAUAUUCUUACCUGAGAUCUCCUUAUUUCUGAAGUAUCUGUUACUGAUUGC